AUGUCCCUCCCGAAACCAGAGAGGACGACUAUUGGGGGAUCUAUUGGCAUUCCUCGCAUGGUAAAUGGAUUAUGGCAGCUGGCUGGCGGCCAUGAUGAACAUGUCGAUUUUAGCGUUGCUACAAAGGCAAUGGAUCAUUUGAUCUCAGUAGGGUUAGAUUGCUUCGACAUGGCUGAUCACUAUGGAGAUGCCGAGCUCGUUAUAGGAGAACAGCACAGGAGUUCUGUUCGGAAAUCAACUGCUUUCACGAAAUGGUGUCCAGCUGAGAAUGGCAUCAAAACCUUCAAGCAGGCAGAGGACGCUGUUGACUUGGCUCUUUCAAGAAUGGGUCACAAAUCUGUUGCGCUAAUGCAAUUGAAAGACCAUGUAUGGGAAUAUACUGAUGAUACAUACCUCCAUAACCUCCAUCACCUUCGCACACUACAGAUUCAAGGCAAAAUCAAGCACAUCGGCGUCACAAACAUCGAUGCAGCACAUCUAGAACUCCUCAUCAACUCGGGCUUCCCUAUCGCCACCAACCAAGUAUCCUGCUCGGUUAUCGAUCGGCGGCAUGUUCGUGGCAGGAUGGCUUCAGUCUGCACUCAGCAUGGAGUCAGUAUCCUCGCUUACGGAACUCUCCUUGGUGGCUAUUUGAGUGAAAAAUGGAUUGGUCAACCCGAGCCCCAGGAUCCCAAAGCCUUAAACUGGAGUCUGCGAAAGUACCUCCGUUUCAUUCACGCCGCGGGUGGAUGGGCAGCUUUUCAACUUGUCUUACAAGUUAUCUCCGCAAUUGCCGAAAAGCAUGGUGUUUCCAUCGCUGCCGUGGCUACAAGAUAUGUCCUUGAUCUCCCUGCUGUUGCUGCUGUUAUUGUUGGAUCUCGCCUAUCAGCUGACUCAGAUAAAUACACCGCGAGCAAUUUGGCCGCGUUUUCAAUCAGACUUUCGGACGAGGAUAAAGCUCUUAUUACGAAGGCUCAGGAGAACCUAGCGGAUAUUCCAGGUGAUUGCGGGGAUGAGUAUCGGCGACCGCCUUACUUAACGGCUACGGGGGAUCUGAGUCAUCAUUUGCACAAGAGUGAACAAGAUCUCGAGGUUGCAAAAGCAGCCCAUGAAGGCAAACGCAUCGAAUAUUCUUCGGCCAGCGAAUGGGAGCCGAUUGCUGGAUACUGCCGUGCUGUCCGUACCUGUAACACCGUUCGAGUCUCAGGCACGACUGCAAACUCUCCGCUAUCUUCAAUACCGGUCCUCGGGGGCUCUUCUGCGCGUAGUCAAACUAUAGCCGUGCUCGAUAUAAUCGCGCGUGCCAUGCAGAAGCUGGGAGGAUCACUCUCGGAUAUCGUACGGACUCGUAUUAUCAUACGGAACCCAGAAGACUGUGAAGAAGUCAGCAGAGCACAUGGAUGGGCCUUCAAAUGCGUUGGCGUACGGCCUGCGAAUACGUUGAUAGUGUCAGGGUUGGUUGGGUCUGAGUUUCUAGUGGAAAUUGAGGCAGAGGCCGAGCUUGGGUUCAAAGAUGUGCUAAGAAUAUAG